CAACGCAAGAUACAGACCAAAUCCCCACCACUAACUUCCAUCAAUCUCCAAUCAGCAAUCUCCGAGAUCCCCCAAUUCCAUGCUCCAUAACGCAGGAGAUCGAAAUUGAAAUGAAAUUAGGGUCUGCUUAAACCUCCUCUUUAUAAACCCCCUCUCAAAGGUUCUAAGACCUGUCUCGCGUACGCAUAAAAACAUUCAAAUCUACGUUUCAAAAACAGAGCUCUGCAGAAAAUAUAAAAAUGGCUUUACCCAAUCAGCCGACUGUUGAUUAUCCAAGUUUCAAGCUUGUUAUCGUUGGCGAUGGUGGUACAGGGAAAACUACCUUUGUGAAAAGGCAUCUUACUGGAGAGUUUGAGAAGAAAUAUGAGCCAACCAUUGGUGUUGAAGUUCAUCCAUUGGAUUUCUUCACCAACUGUGGAAAAAUCCGAUUCUACUGCUGGGACACUGCUGGACAAGAGAAAUUUGGUGGGCUUAGGGAUGGAUACUACAUUCACGGGCAAUGUGCUAUCAUCAUGUUUGAUGUUACUGCUCGGUUAACAUAUAAGAAUGUACCUACAUGGCAUCGGGAUCUUUGCAGGGUUUGCGAAAAUAUUCCUAUUGUUCUUUGUGGGAACAAGGUUGAUGUGAAAAACAGGCAGGUAAAGGCAAAACAGGUUACUUUCCACCGUAAAAAGAACUUGCAGUACUAUGAGAUUUCUGCAAAGAGCAAUUACAAUUUUGAGAAGCCUUUUCUGUAUCUUGCAAGAAAACUUGCAGGUGAUCCUAGUUUGCAUUUUGUUGAGUCUCCAGCCCUUGCACCUCCAGAAGUGCAAAUUGACUUGGCAGCACAGCAACAGCAUGAGGCAGAACUUGCUCAAGCUGCAAGUCAACCUCUUCCAGACGACGAUGAUGAUACUUUUGAGUAAUAAGUAGACGGAUUAAUAAGUAGACGGAGGCUUUGGGUUUGCUGGAAGAAGUUUUAGUACGGUUUUUGAGGAUGUGAUUGAAUGUCCUUGGACAUGUACGAGUAUGAACUGAAUUGUUCUUGGGUUCUAUUGUUUACCCAUUUGUCUUUGAGUUUUAUGUUUCAUGUCUUUGCAGUGUUUAUUCUUUCUUAUCGCACCAACAGUUUUCGAAUUUCUGGUCAAAAAAUCUUUAGGAUGUUAUAGUGUUCUA